GUGCUGGUGAUGGGCAAGCCUGGCCCCCCCAUGGGUCUGCAGAUACAGGAGACGACCCCCGAGACUUGCACCGUCUCCUGGCAACCACCGGAGGACGACGGAGGAGCGGGCGUCACCAAUUACGUUUCUGGAGCUGUGAGGAAGACCACCUUCAAGAUUCCGAAGCUGAUUCCGUUUAACAAGUACCAGUUCCGCGUCAGCGCGCAGAACAUACACCCCCGGGCCGCCUGUCCAUGUGCAGGUCCGCGAGAUCACCAGGGAGAGCCUGAAGCUGCUCUGGUCCCCGCCCGAGAACGACGGCGGCUCCGAGAUCGUCGGCUUCCUGGUGGAGAGGAAGGAGAAGACCAGCGUCCGCUGGGAGCGCCUGAACAAGACCAACCCGACCCGCCUAAGAAGGUGGACAUCACAGAGAUCACUCCCAUCACGGUCUCGCUGGCGUGGGUGAAGCCGGACUACGACGGCGGAUCACGCAUCACGAGUUACGUCGUGGAGAAACUUCGCACCAGCGUGGAGGACGCCCAAUGGGAGCGCUGCACGGUCCUCAGCCUCACACGAUGCACAGUGACCGACCUCGUCCCGCACGAGGAGUACCGCUUCCGCGUCUCCGUGCAGAACUACGGAGCCAUCAGCGAGCCCAGGGAGACAACCGCUGUCGUCUGCAAGGAACAGAUUGUUCCCGCCUCUAUUGACCUGAGUGCUGUGACGUCCGAUGUCCUGAUCCUGAAGGAAGGACAGGACUUCAUCCUGAAGCUGCCGUACCACGGCAUGCCCACCCCCGCCGUCACCUGGUACAAGGGACUCGGUGUCUUCCGUGAGACCAUACGCGUCGUCACCAAGACGGUCGGCGGCGUCACGCAGCUCAUCUUCCGCAAGUGCGAGAAGGUCGACGGCGGGACUUACACGGUCGUGGUGGCCAACCCAGCCGGGAAGCAGACUGCUGAGAUCCAGUUCAGGGUUCUUGGCAAGCCUGGCCCGCCCGUUGGACCAAUCACCUUCGAGGACAUGACACCCGAGACGGCUACGCUGAACUGGCAGGUCCCGACGGACGAUGGCGGCGGUGACAUCACGAACUACGUGGUGGAGAAGUCCGACAACCGCGGUGCAUCGUGGGUGUACGUGAGCAGCAACGUGAAACGCUGCUGUCUGCGUGUGACCAAACUGGUGUACAAGAAGGAGUACCUGUUCCGAGUCAGCGCUGAGAACAGGUUCGGCGUCGGCAAGCCGCUGACUUCAGAGUCUGCUGUGGCCAAAUAUCCAUAUGAUGAACCAACACCUCCGUACGACCUGAAGGUGUCUGAGGUGACCAAGGACGCCAUGCUGGUGUCGUGGCACGCACCUGAGAGCGACGGGGGAGCCGAGAUCACCGGCUACACCUCUGAGCGUCGCGAGAGGAACAGCAACAGCAAGGGCAAGGCAAACAUCCACGUAAAGGAGGGUCAGACCGCCGUGUUCACCGCGGCCGUCAGCGGGAAACCCUUCCCAGAAGUCACCUGGAACCGCGGCGCGCGCAUGGUAUCCAAGAUGGCGAGGCACAAAUUCGAGAAGACAAAUCGUGCCGCUGUGCUCACCAUCUUGGAGUGCACGCGCUCGGACGCCGGGGAGUACAACGUCAGGGUCAAGAACGACUCCGGACUGGCGGAGGCCAAGUGCAAGCUGCAGGUCUUCUCCAAACCCCAGCCGCCUACAAACUUUGAGGUGAUUGAAACAAGAGUCCCGACCACGCCAUGAUUGGUUGGCAGGAACCGGAGGACGACGGAGGAUCUCCCAUCACAAGCUACAUCGUGGAGCGCUGCGAUCUAAGGUCUCCAGACAACUGGACCCGUGUCAGCGCAGCCGUAAGGAAGACGUCUUACAAGGUGACUCGCCUGGCCCCGGGCUCGACUUACGUCUUCCGAAU